CCCCUUCUGGCUCCUGAGCUAGAAAAGAGAGUCGAUGCCGGUAGCAGAGAUGAGUCCUUGGAGGCACUGGCUGCGAGUAGGUUCUGAGGAGCGGUUGCUACCGGUGGCUUUUUUGCAGAUGUGUUGCUGUCACUGAACCGUGGCCCAUUGGAAAGCACUAGGGAAGCUCAGCCGUCAGGAUGUCCAAGUACAAACUGAUUAUGUUGAGACAUGGAGAGGGUGCUUGGAAUAAAGAGAACCGUUUUUGUAGCUGGGUGGACCAGAAACUUAACAGUGAAGGAAUGGAGGAAGCUCGGAACUGUGGGAAGCAGCUCAAAGCGCUCAACUUUGAGUUUGAUCUCGUGUUCACGUCCGUCCUUAAUCGGUCCAUCCACACAGCCUGGCUGAUCCUGGAAGAGCUGGGGCAGGAGUGGGUUCCCGUGGAAAGCUCCUGGCGUCUCAAUGAGCGUCACUAUGGAGCCUUGAUCAGUCUCAACAGGGAGCAAAUGGCUUUGAAUCACGGUGAGGAGCAGGUGAGGCUGUGGAGAAGGAGCUACAAUAUAACCCCACCGCCCAUUGAGGAGUCCCAUCCUUACUUCCACGAAAUCUACAACGACCGGAGGUACAAAGUGUGCGACGUGCCUUUGGAUCAGCUGCCGCGAUCCGAGAGCUUGAAGGAUGUUCUGGAGAGACUCCUUCCCUAUUGGAAUGAAAGGAUUGCUCCUGAAGUAUUAAGUGGUAAAACCAUCCUGAUAUCUGCCCAUGGAAAUAGCAGCCGGGCACUCCUGAAACAUUUGGAAGGUAUCUCCGAUGAGGACAUUAUCAACAUCACCCUUCCUACUGGGGUCCCCAUUCUCCUGGAGCUGGACGAGAACCUGCACGCUGUUGGGCCUCACCAGUUCCUGGGUGACCAAGAGGCUAUCCAAGCAGCCAUUAAGAAAGUAGAGGAUCAAGGAAAAGUGAAACGAGCUGACAAAUAAAGUCUUUCACGUGCUGGCUAGGAGUAGCUGCAGAAGGAGUGGCAUGCGGUGUGCUGUGGGUGCUGAUUAUGCUUCCCCCCCCCCCCUGAUUUUUACUGAUUUUUCCAGAUCUAGGCUGUGGGGUAGAGUUUAUAUAGGUAACUUAAUGUUGGCCCAGAUAAAGGCUUUAGGAUGCCGGAGCACUUAUGUCAUAAGCCUUAUGCAUUAGCUCCUGCUGGCCCCGUGUAAAUUAGUCACUAAGUUAGUCACCUGUGGGGCUUAAUUAGUGUUAUGAGUUUCUGAGAUGGGAGAGCAAGUGGAGGUGAAGUUCAAGGUAUUCCUCGUUCAGUAAGUCAGUAUUGAGUCCCCACUGCCAGGCACUACCUACUCCAACAAGUAGUUCACUUUUGUAUUUGUGAAGACCUUCUGGGGUGAUAAUAGAGGAUAUUAGAUAAUACACUGUCCUUAAGUAUUUAUUACUGGUCUUUUCCUCUAGGAAAAGGGAUGCUUUGACAGGUAAGACCAGAGGCCCAUUAAAUGGGAGAGUCACAGAGGGAUCCCUCCAAGGCAGCCAGUGACAGACCCCAAGGCCCUUUGCCUUGUCUGUAGUCCAGAGGCUCCCUCCUGGAUGUUCGGUGAAAUCACUUUCCAGCUGCUAGAAUUAGCAGCACGUAGACAGCCCUAGCUGUUCGUGUUCUCUUUUUAUUUUUGUUUUUUUAAACUUUAAUCUUUGGGUCCUUAAAGUUGAUUUAAAAAUCAGUCACACUGAAAAUGAUACCCCCAAAUUGCUUCCAUAUGAUUCAGAAAUACUAGGUAAAGCCUUCUGAACUAGUCUUUGCUCUUCCCGUAAUACAAAGAGUUGUACUUAUUUCAACACAUAGACACUCCCAAUUCUCUCUAAAUUGAAGGUCGGGUCUGGGGGGGAAGGUAGAAUAUAGUGGGUGUAAUUUUGUUCACUUGAACAGGGGGAAUGGUAUUUGGCACUUGUCACAAAUGUUUGUUCUUUCUCUACCGAGGGCAAAACAUUAUACUCUAUAGCCUAGAGUUCAGGGUAGGCCACAGACAGAACUGAUUGCUUAUGGGUCUUAAAGAUACAAUAUGCCUUCGAUGCUAUGGAUAUGUAAGUCAUUUCUUUAAGCGAGGGCCUUAUUUCAAAGCAAGUAACCUAUAUUUCAAUGAUAAAUUCAUGUAAACACUUUUGCAACUGUAAUAGCUGUUACAGGUACCAUCAUUUUUUCACCGUUUUCCAUUGGUGGCUAAGUUUAUUUGUAUCCAUUUUAUAGUAAAACUGGCAUUAGAAGGAAACCAGUUCUAAAACCCUUGCUACUACUUGGUCUCCAGUGAUCUGUAAAUCAAGACAUACAGCAUCAGCUGAUGAAGACUGCUGAAGAGAAGAGAGGAAACUGGUUUGCUCACAGCUGGCCACAUCUGUGACGCAUAAGGACAUGGAAUGUGGAUGCUUCACGCUCCUGACCAACCACUGGCUUUUCUACGGUAGUCCUUCUUUUCACAGUCCUAUUGCUUAACCACAUAACACCCUUUACCAUUCAGAGAUCAGGGCUGAGAAUACAACUACCAGGUCUUCCUAGAAUUCCAGUAUGGCUAAACUGCACCUCAGAUCACUUUUGAACAGCUCCUCCUCUGGAAUUGGUGUCUGAAUUUUCCUGCCCAAGUGACCAGGUCUUAACCCAGCUCAAGAUCCUAGAGUCGGAUUCUUCCCUUGUUCCCCAUCUAGAAGUCCAUCUCCAGAGGUCCCCCCUGGUACCAUGAUGUGCUUCUGCACACAGAGCUGUGCUCACCCCUGGUUACUUUAAAAUCUCGCAGACUUCCUACGAGAGGGGUAAUUGUUGCUGACUGUUUGCGGUACAAUUUGGUUUCAUUGUUUUGGAGAUCUUGGCUGAAAUAAAUGAAGAGAUAUUUAUGAAAA